CACACUUUCGGCGACUUUUCACUGUGAAGGCUGUGGUUAAAAAUGGCCUCCCAAGGGCUCCAGAUUAUGGGCAUAUCCACAGCCAUGCUGGGUUGGCUGGGGGUCAUCAUCGUGUGUGCUUUGCCCCAGUGGAAGGUGUCUGCAUUCGUCGGAGCCAACAUCGUCACGGCGCAGAUCAUCUGGGAGGGCAUGUGGAUGAACUGUGUGGUGCAGAGCACCGGACAGAUGCAGUGUAAAGUCUACGACUCCAUGCUGGCUCUCAGCUCUGAUCUUCAGGCGGGUCGGGCCAUGAUCAUCAUCUCUAUUCUGACUGGACUCUUUGGGAUCGUGGUUUCUCUGGCUGGUGGGAAGUGCACCAACUGCAUUGAGGACCAGGGCUCUAAAGCAAAGGCGUGCAUCGUCGCGGGCAUUCUGCUCAUCAUCUCCGGCGUUCUGUGUCUGAUCCCGGUGUCGUGGGCGGCACACACCACCAUACAGAACUUCUACAACCCCAUGAUGAUGGAGGCCCAGCGGAGGGACAGCUUCGACAUGGGGAGGAUUGCUAAAGAGGUUUCCGGCCAGGUCUUGUGCUUCGUCGGAUUCGUCGGCAUAUGUGUCUGCUGUGGCAUUCCCAUGUGGCGCGUGACUUCGUACAUCGGUGCCAACAUCGUCUCGGGCCAGAUCGUCUGGGACGGCUUGUGGAUGAACUGUGUGAUGCAGAGCACAGGACAGAUGCAGUGCAAAAUCCAAGACUCGAUCAUGAGACUGACCCAGGACUUGCAAGCGGCACGCGCGCUGACCGUCAUCGCAAUAGUGAUCGGCUUCGUUGGGAUGCUCUUGACGUUUGUGGGAGGCCAGUGCAGCAGCUGUCUGAAGAAAGAGUCCUCCAUGGCUAAGGUGCUGAUCGUGGGUGGCAUACUGUGCAUCAUCGCUGGAGUCGUCUGUCUCAUUCCCGUCUGCUGGUCCUCAGCCUACACCAUUUCAGAUUUCCAGAGCGUUCUCACGAUCGAGACCCAAAAGAGAGAGCUCGGGGCAUCCAUAUACAUCGGCUGGGGCGCCUCAGGGUUUCUUCUGUUAGGAGGGAUCAUUCUGUGCACCUCCUGCCCACCGAGAGAAGAUAUGUAUCCAAAUUACCCAGCCAUGUACCCCUAUCAAGGACCUAUUUACGGGCCUCCUGGGUCUUAUAUACCUGCUAAAACAUACGCUCCGAGUGCUGUGUAUACUGGAGCUUAUGUUCCUAACAAACCUUAUCCAGCCCCAACUUACUCGCCUGUCCCAGGACAAUAUAUUUAGGGACGGACAAUAAUAUCAACUGACCCUUUCUGAAACAUCUUUAAAUGAAAUCUCUACUGUUUGGUUAAAUAAAAUGUGUAAAUGUAUGUAUGUAUGACUUUGGAAAAUCUCGUUUGUCUUCUUUCUCUUCUCAUUAGUUGUUCUACUGGAACAGAUGAUGUAAUGCUAACGAUGUAUAUAUGUAUGUUUGAACAGAGGAAGUGAAAUCUGCAAGUACUCAAGUUGUUCAUUUAUUUGUUCAAAUUCAAUUAUUUUCUGUGAAUUGAUGUUAACUUUGAUUGUUUCUCCAAUGGGGAAUAUUUUAACAAUGCGUGUAGCUUUGUAUUUUUAAAAAUCUUGUCAAUAAAUAUAUUUCAGGAUUAUUGUAAA